UCCCGGGUCCCCAAUGACAGCGCUAGCCUGCCAAGAUUAUGAUUGUGGCGAAACCAGAUUAUUCUAUCUUACGCCCGACAACAUUAUACGCGACAUUAAGGAUGGCGGCGAGGAGGGCCGUGAUGGUUGGAGUUCUGGCGGGUUGGUGUGGGCUGCUGGAUUGAGCGCUUCACCGAAGUCACAACUUGCAGUAACAUUGAGACAAAUCGCAAAUUCAACUGGUCCUACAAAAGUCAGUCGAAUCAUAGCUUAUCAGGCAAAGGGUGGCAGGAUUUUUGUUGCCAAUGAUAUCGACCAUUACACAACCUCAAAGGGACUAGAUGGGAUUCUAGAAGCAACGACCAACGCAGAUUUGGCCAUGGUUACGCAGUUCAGUGGCAAAGUGCUCGACCAAGUCACUUUGGUAGCAAGCGGCCCAGGAAAUUCCAGCAUGAUCGAAGCAAAGUAUGAUGGCGAAACCGAUGUUUGGAGUAAAACAGAGCCUGUUAUCCUCGAUAGCAUUCCACAAUCCGAUGAUUCAUCCUCAAUAGCAACACAGCAAUUUGCUGUCACGAUGCGGAACAAUUAUCUGGACAGCGUGUACUUGGCCCUCAGUUCCGACGGAACCAUCAGUGGUCGGAUAAUGGGACAGAAAAAUGAGUUGUUGAGUAAUAUCACUCUUGAAACGUCUGAAGGGGAGUUGGCAAAGUUCUCGGCCAUUGCGACGACUUUGAAUGGGUAUCUCUACGGCAUUGUCAACAACACCAUACGCGAGUACUUGUUUGACACAUCCGAUGCAUCUAUCCUACAUCUCAACAGGAUUGUCUAUAAUACAACAGACUGUACAUGAUCAUCUGCGAGGAACUAUCAAGAUAUUUCUACUUGUAGAUUGGGGUUUAGCCCUGAAGGGGCUGGAGAAGAUUUCAUGCUUGAUUUUAGGCGAGCUGUUUUUCCAUCAACUGUGAGAUGGCCAUCAUGGCGUCACAUACAUAGGU